AUGGAACUACGAAAACGAUCAUUAACUAGACAAUUUGAAAUGGAUUAUCGUAAUUAUAAAUUAAAAAAACAAAAAAAAAGUAUUUCAAAAAUAAAAAGUGAAAUAGAAGAUCUAUCAGGCGAAAUUUGGUUUGAAUUAUUUGCUUAUUUUGAUGGUCAAUCUCUAAUAAAUUCAUUUUCAAAAUUAAAUUCUUCAAUUGAAUCAUUAUUAAAUGAUUAUCGUCUUCCAAUUCAUUUAAAUAUUUUAUGUUCAAAUUUAUUAAUUCCAUAUCCAUUAAAUUCAAAUCAAAUUGUGUCUCUUAAAAUAGAUUAUUCUCAUAUGGAUAAUAAUCCAAUAAUCGAUAUUAGUUUAUUUGUUCGUCUUCGUUCACUUAGUUUAAUUUCUAUAAAUGAUGAACAAUUAGAAAAGAUAAGUAAAUAUCCAUUGAAUAAUCUUCGUCAAAUAUCCAUUGUAUCAACAUGUGCAAAAUUUAUUAUAAAAAUAAUAUUGAUCUAUUUUCCUAAUGUUAUUCGAAUGAUACUUAAUUCAAUGCAAAAAGAAUUUCUUAUUAAACCUUUUCCUCAUGAUAAAACUAAUAUAAGUCAAAUUGAAAAAUUAACACUUGAUGGAAGAAUUAAAUUAUCUAAACUUGCUCGUCUUUGGUCUUUUGUUCCUAAUCUUCGGUCUCUUUCUGUUAUUAAUGGUGGAAUUCAUCAAUGUGAUUAUUGGAUGGAUGAACAUUUAAUAUCUAAUCAGAAAUUUCCUUCUAAUUUAUCAUUCAUGCAUAUAAAUAUUUGUGAUGACGAUAUGAGUUUUUCAAAUCUGGAACGAUUAAUUCCAAAAAGUGUUCGUUAUUUAAUAAUUAGUGGUUCAAUGGCUGAUGAUGAUUUAGAUGAUUAUUUAUCAUCAACAAAUUGGAUUCGAUUAAUGUCAUUUUGUUCAAAUAAACUUAAUCGUAUUAAACUUGAUAUAUCAUCAUAUUUUGAUCCAAGUGAUUCAGCUGGAUUACAAAAAACAUUAUCAAAAUUUCGAAAAAAUCCUUUUUUUCAUAAUACAAUUAUUCAAAGUAAAAAUUUUUUAAUUACCAUAAAAGGAUAUAUUCAACCUGAUAUCUAUCAAUGA